AUGCCGAUACGCCAACCACGUCUUGCUAUCGUUGGAGGCGGGCCUGCUGGACUGACAGUCGGGAUUCUCCUCCACAAGCACCAAAUCCCCUUCACCAUAUUUGAGUACCGCCCUAAACCUACAGAUGAUGAACUCGAAAGUCCGGUUGGAAUGCUUGACUUGCACGAAGAAUCUGGCCUGGCAGCCUUGAAGGAAUGUGCCCUCCUGGAAGGCUUCGAAUCGCACACGGCUGUGUGCAGUGAGGCUCAGAUUAUUGCUAACAAAGAGGGGGACAUCAUAUACAAGGAUGAUGGUGGCCCAGAAGCUCGUCCAGAGAUAUCGCGUAACUCCUUGACAAAAUUACUCCUUGACCAACUACCUGCUGGUAGCAUUCAUUGGGAGCAUAAACUCUCCUCCGCUAGCUAUCUCGCUGGAGACUCGGACAAUGUGGAGAUCGAACUCAACUUCGGCCGUCACGGAAAACACACGUUCGAUUUCGUGGUUGGUGCCGAUGGUACCUGGUCCCGCGUACGUACGUUGUUGACAAGUGCAAAACCCAGAUAUGCAGGCUUACAGUACAUGAUGUUGGCCAUCAGACACGUGUCAGAACGUUAUCCUACCAUUUCUGAAUACGUCGGCACAGGCAGCUUCGUAUCUCUUGGCAAGAGAAACGGCAUCAUGUGCCAACGUGCCCUGCAAGAUUCUGCUCUGAUAUAUGCCUUCCUGUCCGUCGAUAACGAGCACUUUGCCGAGGAUUCCGGUCUUACCAAGGGUACACCUGCCGAGGCAAGCGAGAGAUUGUUGAAUGAUGAAGGACUCUUCGGACAGUUUGGGCCGAAAUUGAAGGAGUUGUUGCAGACUGCGUGUGAAGAGGAAACGAGACUGGAUCCAAAUGCAAAACUAGUGGUCAGAUCACUAUACACGCUACCCCAUGGCCAUUCAUGGGAGCACAGAACGGGAGUAACUCUUGUGGGAGACGCUUCUCAUGUGAUGUUACCGUUUGCAGGAGAAGGAGUGAAUGUCGCCAUGUGGGAUGCACUUGACGUCUCGCGCUCCAUAAUAAAGGCAUACGAGUCUUCGGCCACUAGUGCUGUAGCCUUUCAGGCGGCUUUGGAUCCCUUGGUCAAGGAGUUCGAGGUGAACAUGGCGGCACGGGCGAAGGAGAAGGCGGACGAGGCUUCCAACAAUGCCAAGCUCAUGCUCGGUAGCGAAGAUGGUGCCACGGCCAUGGCUGACUGGAUGCGAGCAGCAAUGCAACAAGCGAAAGCAACCCGACCUUCGGUUGAGUGA